AUCUUGUUCUGUUGUUUUGAAAAAUGUCAGCGCCGAUAUUCCCAAAAUUGAUCCCAACUGCUACUGACCCAUUAUGGUUUCAUGUUGAUAAGCCAUGCGACGAUGAAAAUGAAUUGACUGAACUUGAAAAUGAGUAUAAAUCAUGGAUUGAAAGUAUUGCAAAGAAAGAUGAGCACAUUGUGCCAAUCGGAAAAACAGCCUCAGAGCAAUGUGAUGAAGAGGAUGAUGAAGACGAAGAUGAAGGAGAAGAUGACGAUGAUGAGAGUGAUACAAAUGAUGAUGAACUUGCAUCAGACAUGAUCUAUGACAGAGACUCCCCUGAUGAUGUUGACAUGGAAGGCAAUGGAAUGGCUCUUACAUGAGGUGCAUAGUCAACAAAAAGAGACUCCAACACACUGAUGUUUGUUUUUGUUGAUGGUGUGGCUAAUUGAAAGACUCCAGUUAGUAUCAGAUUGUCUCUUGGUUGUACGAAUUCUUGGAAUAAGUAUAUGAUUGAUCGUGUUACAUAUUGGGGACUGUAGACCAAUACUGUUUGGAAGGUUAUUUAAAAAAAGACAUGUUCACAGUUUGGUGAAAUGACAUUUUUAUGCCCCUGUAUCGAAAGAUCGGGGGUAUAUUGUUUUUGGCCUGACCGUCUGUCUGUCAUUGUGUCAGUCAGUCAUUGUAUGGGUGUGUCACAAACUUUAACCUUGGUUAAAGUUUUAUAACUUUUGCAAUAUUGAAUAUAGCAACUUCAUAUUUGGCAUGCUUGUGUAUCUCAUGGAGCUGCACAUUUUGAGUGGUGAAAAGUCAAGGUCAAGGUCAUCCUUCAAGGUCAAA